UGCCAUAGGCUCUGAUGAGGUUAAGGAUUUUAUUUGUUCGUCAUGCAAAGAGCAAGCAAAUGCAGAUUUUUACUGCAACACAUGUUUGAAACUUUAUUGUGGGAAAUGUAUUCAGUUGCAUGAUAAGUGGUUUAAAAAACAUUCAGCUUAUGGAAGGAAUGACAUGAACAAAUGGCCAGUUUCAAAACAGGUGGAGGAAUUUCUAUUAAAGUGUGAAGCGAACAAGGACGACAAAAUUGAAAUGUUAUGUGAUGACCACAGUCAGCUGUGCUGCACAAAGUGUGCCUUCAAUGAUCACAGCCAGUGCAGUAAAGUGACUCCAAUUAAUGAGCUGACCAACACGCAGCUCACAGACCUACAGGGCCUGUCAGGGGAGCUGGAAACUGUUCUGGGAGAAAUAAAAAGCCUACAGAUAAGUCAGGAGGCCAGUGUUGAGUCAUUGCAGAAAGCAUACAAGGAACAUAGGGCAGAUAUGAUUGAACAAAUGCGUGGCAAUUUAAACACUAAUUUAGAUAAGUGUGGUAAUAAUUGUGUGGGCACAUCUGGAAAAAUUGAGCAAUAUUUAAAAGACGACAUGUGUAAGAGUGUUCUUUCUAUCUUGAAUGAAUUCGAUAAUAUUACUGGGAAGGAACUUAAUGAGAUGAAAGAUGAAGUUAUAAGCAUAAAAGGGUCAGUUACAAGUUCUAUUCAUAAAUGCACCAGUCUUCACAAUGACUUGUUACAAUUACUUGAAAUCGUUCAGAAAAUUGGAGAUAAUAAGGAGAUCUGUCUUAUAGCCAGCAUAAAAUGUGAACAUAUCAUACAGCAGGCAUUGACUCUGCUUGGAAAGUCAGGCAAUGUGUUUAAGGUCCAGGGGAAGUCUGAACACAAUGUUAGAAUACCAGGUGAUUCAUAUCCAUGUCGUAUCACAGGCAUAUGUGCUCUCCCAAAUGGACAGGUCCUGGUUGCAGACAGUCCUAAUAAGAGAGUCAAGCUUCUGAGCCAGCAGUACCAGGUGGUGAGUUACUGGGAUGUGUAUGCUUAUCCACAGGCCAUAUGUUUGAUCACACCCAGUGAGGUUGCAGUGGCUGUGGAUACUAUCAACAUACAUGAGGUCCAGUUUAUCACUGUCAACCAGGGAAAGCUUGUUCCUGGCAGGAAGUUUCAGUUACAACAUACAUGUAGAGGUAUCGCCCACCAUCAGGGACACCUGUAUAUCUGCUCCCAUACUGCCCUGCUCAAGUACACAUUGAGUGGCAAACUGAUCUGCAGACUCUACCAAGAUAGAUUAGCUGCUUUGACAGCUUGA